CAGCGGACAGCGACAAAAGCGGAAGUCGUUGCUCCUGAGUUUGUUGACAUCUUAUCGCUGCUAAUCCCGUUUUUAAAUAUGACUGGAUUAGAUGGUGUGGAUUUGAGUGGCGGCUUAGAGGAUGUGCCUGUUUUAAUCAGAGGGCCGACAUUUCCUAAAUUUAAGUACUGCACAGAGAAUGUCCCGGGACCAGGAUGUUCUGUAGACCCCAGCGAAGUGACUCUCCCUGGAUGCUCCUGUCUGACCCGCUCCUGCUGCCCAGAGAGCUGCUCCUGCCUGCAGACGCACGGGCAGGCCUUCGACAGCACAGGCGCACCGCUGAGCCUCGGCGUCUCCGGUGCCUGCUCCCCCRUGUUUGAGUGCAACGCCCUCUGCAGCUGCAGCGACUCCUGCUCUAACCGGGUGGUGCAGAGGGGGCUGACGCUCAGGCUGGAGGUCCGCAGCACCGAGAGCAAGGGCUGGGGAGUUCGAACGCUGGAGGGAAUCCCGCGCGGGACGUUCGUGUGCGAGUACGCCGGGGAGGUGAUCGGCUUCGCCGAGGCCAAGCGCAGACAGCUCGGCCAGACGCCUGGGGAGAAUAAUUACAUCAUCGCCGUGAGGGAGCACGCAGGACCGGGCUGCACCACCGAGACGUUUGUGGACCCCGCUCGGGUGGGGAACGUGGGUCGUUUUCUGAACCACUCCUGCCAGCCCAACCUGCUCAUGCUACCGGUGCGCGUGCACUCUGUGGUUCCAAGGCUGGCGCUGUUUGCUGGACGGGACAUUUUGGCUGAAGAGGAGCUGACCUUUGAUUACUCAGGAGGAUCUACCAACCAGUGGCCUGCAGAGGUGCUGUCCAGUCAGAGCGCAGCUGCUGCACACGUCAUGAGGACUAAUGGACUUCUGAGGAAAGUGUGCCACUGUGGUGCCAGUAACUGCUCCCACUUCCUUCCACUGGAUUUAUCCAUUCUCAGCUGAAAUAAUGUAAACAUAUCAGGGCCAGAUGUUAUAAGAUUUUGUCUUCUUCUGCUUCCUUUCAUUUAUUUAUGAUUUGUAUUUUAAUUAUAUUGAAUUU